CAGCUUCUUCUGAAAUUUAAAAUUGAUGAAAAUCCUCCCAUCGACUUGAUUGCUGAAUCUAACUUCCUACAAAUCGGAACAAUUUUAUCGUGUGAAAAAUGUUGGAAAUCGGCACAAGGUUCAAUGCAGAGGAGAAACUGUGGGAAGGGCCGGACAUAAAACCCUUUUUCAAUCCAAAAGUGUCGAUCGGUCAAGUGAUCAUUCGAAUGAUGUCGAUGCAUGGACCGAAAAUAGCCCAGGUCAGUGACGAUUUCGGAGUGCAAUCAACAUUCAAUGAAAUUUUAAUCAAAACCAUUCGAGUGGCACAGAACCUGCAAAAAUUAAAAGUCCCUCGAAAAGGUGUUUUUGGCAUCAUUGCUCAUAAUAAUCCAGAUUUGGCGCCGAUUUUGUUUGCUGCAUUUUGUUUGGGUUGUCCGGUGAGUCCAUUUGAUCCAGCAUUUGGAAAAGUAGAAAUCAAAUCGAUCAUUAGCAUAACGAAGCCGAGUGUGUUUUUCUGUGAAGUCAGUCUCUAUGACUUACUUGAAACAUGCCUGAAAGAGUUGGACAUCAAAGCAGACAUCUUCACCUUUACCGGGCAACGAGGAAAAUCCAAACCAGUCGAAGUGCUAUUCGCUGAAACGAACAUCGAAUCGGAUUUUCUCCUAGUGGAUGUGGAUGGUGAAUUUGAAACGGCAAUCAUUGCCGGUUCUUUUGGAAUAAGUGGACAGCUUGAAGGUAUAUGUCUCUCACAUGCUCUGCUAUUGGAUAAAAGCACGCGCUUAACGUCGACCGCUGCUGGUGAUGUCCUGUUUGCAUUUUCCUCUAUUUACUGGUUGUCUGGAAUUGCAAAUAUAUUGAAGGCAACUUAUUUCGGUGCAACACGAAUAAUUACAACAAAGCCAUUUUCUGCCGAGUAUUUGCUUCGACUCAUCGAAAAAUACAAGAUUACGCAUAUUUUUGCGUCUUUACAUCAAAUCAAUCUGGCCCUAACAUUUGAGAAUAUCAAAUCCGUGGAUCUGUCCAGUGUUAAAUCUGUAGCGUUGAAUAGUCAAAAAGUUCCCCGCCCUGAGUAUGCGUCAAUUCGUCAAUAUUUCAAAAAUGCUGUGCCCUACAAUAUGUUUGGGUUGAGUGAAUUAGGCGGUGCAAUUUCUGUGUCACGUGGAUUUCAAUUGAGUUUAGAUGGAACGGGAAAACUAGUGAAUGGAAUCAAGGUGAAAAUUGUCGAUGAAUAUCGCAAUCGAUUGGGAGUGGGUGAAAGAGGUCAAAUUUGCGUUCAUUGUGCCUACUAUUUUAACGGAUAUUAUGGCAAAGAAGGGAAAAAUUCGAUUGUUGACGAAGAGAAUUUCCUGAAAACCGGAGACAUUGGGUAUUUCGAUGCUGAUGGCUAUUUGCAUGUGCUUGGACGUGAAAUCGACAUGAUAAAAUACCAAAACUUCCAAGUGUCACCAAAGGAAAUUGAAUCGGUCCUAAAUCAAAAUCCAGCCAUUAAAUCCUCUUGCGUCGUUGGAGUGGCCAGUUCGGAUGUAACAUUAGUCACUGCUCUUAUUGUUAGAUACAAAGAUUUAACCAUUUCGGAAAAUGAGGUUCAUUCUCUGGUUGCAGAUAAAUUCGAUGAGAGCUACAAGUUGCGUGGCGGUGUGUACUUCGUCGAUGCAUUACCAUUGACACCUUCUGGGAAAGUAAUUCGUCGUCUUGCAAAGGCAAUCGCUGAAAAGGAAUUCAGUUCCCGUAACAAAGAUUCAAAGAAGGCAACAUGAAUGGAUUGACCAUAAUAAGCGCAUAAGGAAUGCAUCCAAAUUGCACUCUCGUCGUUUCGUUUUAUUUUUGUCUUUUAAAUUACAUUUCUAUGUUAUUUUCUCUUGUUUGCACAUAUAAUUCAAUACUUGAACGAAAAAAAAAGAAUCGUUGGAUCAAUUUAACGACAGUUGUCUCUCAUGUUCUUGCUGUAAUGUAUCUGAAAAAUAAAGAAAAAAUCAACCAAAA